AUGACGACAACGACAUUGAUCCAAGGCCUGAUCGGGCUGAGUUUACUUUAUAUCUUGCUGUCUCGACUUUUGUCCCGAUCGCGAUCAUCUGCGCCUCUGCCACCGGGACCGAGAGGCAAGCCCAUCAUUGGCAAUCUGGCAGACUUGCCUCCGCCGGGAGUACAGGAAUGGAGGCACUGGUUGCAGUUUAAGGAGCGCUACGGUCCGAUCAGCUCCCUGACCAUUCUGGGCCAAACCAUGGUGAUCAUCAAUGAUGCUCGCACGGCCUUCGAUCUGCUCGAGAAGCGCUCGAACAUCUAUUCGUCGCGACCCCGACUGACCUUUGCGGGAGAAAUUGUUGGCUGGAAUGGCGCCCUGGCGAUGCAGACCUACAGUGACCAAUUCCGCGCCUACCGAAAAGUGAUGCAUCGCGUGCUGGGGACGAAGACGACGACGGCACGAUUCAAUUCGCUGCAGGAGGUGGAGGUGCGCCGGUUCCUGAUGCGCGUGCUCGAUCGCCCGGAGGACCUGGUCCAGCAUAUCCGGACCGAGGCCGGGGCGGUGAUUCUCAAGAUCGCGUACGGAUACACAAUCGAGCCGCAUGGACGCGAUCCCCUCGUCGACCUGGCCAACGAGGCCAUGGACCAAUUCUCUAUCGCAGGCAGCCCGGGCCGCUGGUUGGUCGAUACGAUCCCACUCUUGAAACACGUCCCCGCAUGGUUCCCUGGCGCCGGCUUCAAACGCACGGGGCUCGCGUGGAACCGCAUCCUGCUCACCACCGUCGAGAAGCCCUACCAAUUUGUGCGCCAGCAGAUGCAGCGUGAGAAAUUCACUCCCUCGUAUGUGUCGAGUCUGCUCGAGGGACGCGCUCUGGACACCCUGACGCCGGAGGAGGAGCAUAUUAUCAAAUGGACUGCCGGGUCGCUUUACACAGGGGGUGCUGAUACGGUUAGUCACACCAUCUUUCUCGAGGGCUUAACCGUCUCCGUCCUCUCCACAUUCUUCCUCGCAAUGGCCCUGCACCCGGAAAUCCAAGGCAAGGCCUACGAGGAACUCGAGCGCGUAGUGGGACGCGCCCGUCUGCCCACCUUCGCCGACCGCGAGAACCUCCCGUAUAUCGAUGCGAUCGUGAAGGAGGCCCUGCGCUGGCACCCGAUCGCCCCCACAGGGAUCCCGCACCAGUGUACGGAGGAUGACAUCUACGAGGGAUAUCUGAUCCCCAAGGGGGCGAUUAUCAUCCCGCAUAUAUGGCAAAUGACCCAAGACCCCACCAUCUACCCCAGCCCGAACAAGUUCGACCCGACUCGAUUCCUGUCGCCCGAGCCCCAGCUGGACCCCCACAAUCUGGCGUUCGGCUUCGGGCGCCGCAUCUGUCCCGGCCGGUUGCUGGCCGACAACACCAUCUUCCUGACGAUCGCGCAGUCGCUGGCUGUGUUCCGGUUCAUGCCACGGGAUGACGCUGCGCCAUUAAAGGCGGAGUUUGCGCCGGGGGUGGUCAGUCAUCCGUUGCCGUUUGCGCUGCGGGUGGAGGUACGCGGGGAGGAGCAUUUGAAGGUGGUCAGGGGCGGGGUGGAGGAGGUUGGGUGGGGGUCUAGUGAUGCUGGGGCUUUGGCGGGGGUGGUCUGUUAG